UUUACUAAUUUACAUUUUUUAACAGCUAAUAUUUGCGAUAUCUCUAUUCAUUAACAUUUUCUGCAUUAAGAUUCUUGAUUUUACAUUAUGUGGAACUAUUUUGUGACACCUACCGGAUAUCUUUAAAAGAGCACUUUUCUUAACUUACCUUUUUUAUCACAAUGUGGCAGCACUAAUAAACAGCUGGGACAGGUUGAAAAUUAAUAUAUGUACAUAUUCGUCUCUGCUGAGACUAGUUUAUUUUGACAACUUUUUGUGGAUUAUAAACAAAAUUAAAUACAAAAAUGGAUAAAUUAACAAUGAUUAGUGCUACCUUGUUUCUAGCCGCCGACGUUUUUGCAAUAGUCAGUUUGGCAAUGCCUGACUGGAUUGUAACCGAAGAAGCAGGUGAUAUACGUCUAGGAUUAAUGUGGACUUGUAUGACGCUAUAUAACCGAUCACAAGUAUGUUAUACACCUGAACUACAGCCAGAGUGGUUGGUGGCUCUAGUCUGCAUAUUCAUAGGUUGUAUUUGCAUUACCACUACUGUAAUACUUUUGGCGUCCAGUAGUUGGGAUAGGAAUGUUAUACCAUAUGCUCGUUGGGUCGGUUUUACUGCUAUGGUUUUAUUUUGCUUAGCUGCGGUAGUUCUUCCAUUAGGUUUCCAUGUGGAAGAGAUCGGUGGUCAAGCUUACCAACUUCCUAAUACAUACAAAAUUGGAAUUUCAUAUAUUUUGUUUGUAUUAGCUCUAUGGAUAACAGUGGUAUCGGAGUUGUUUGCAGGAAAAGUAUGUUUGCCGCAUUUUUAAUAAAUGUAGUUAAAAAUUUAUUGGAAAGGAGAAAAUUGUUCUGAUUCUCUAUUUACCCUUAAUUCAACUCUUACUCGGUCGUGAUAUUUUACGUUUAAGAAGAUAGUUCAUCGUGUAUAUAUAUAAUAUUUUAAGUAUUAUUCCUUACUUUAUUUCAUGUGCAGUACGCCGUUUGUAAUGCACACACAUUUUCUAUAACCGACAAUAGACAUUAAAUAAUUGUCUAUUAUUAUUUUACUAAAAAUAAAAAUAAAGAGGAAGACUGUAGUAAAUACAAAUAAAAACAAAGUUUUGAUGGUUUUUCUUUUAAGCUUUUAAACUAUUAUUGUACAAUGAAAUAAAACGCAAUAUUUUC